AUGCCGCCACGACUCAAUCUCCUCUCACGGGCAUCGCUAUGCCGGCCCACAGCACCACACUCGAGCGUAGCCUCGCUGCUGCAACCAUUCCUCAAAAGCGCACAACAACCCCAACAGCAAAGAAACGCCUCGAUUCUCUCAUCGCUUUCGGACAACUCUGGCGCCUACAACAAGAAGAUUAGAAGAGGAAGAGGCCCCUCAUCGGGCAAGGGAAAGACAUCAGGACGUGGUCACAAGGGUCAAAAGGCACAUGGAAAGGUCCCGCGCAACUUCAAUGGUGGUCAAACACCUGAGGAGGUUGUCCACGGUGUCAGAGGUUUCGAGAACCAACACUCGAUCGAAAUGACUCCGCUCAACAUCAACCGCCUCCAAGCAUGGAUCGACGCAGGCCGUCUGGACCCUAACCAACCCAUCACCCUCAGAGAGCUCGCAAAGUCCCGCUGCAUCCACGGCAUCAAGGACGGUAUCAAGCUCCUCGCCCGUAGCUCCGAAAAGCUCACCACCCCCGUCGACAUCGUCGUCAGCCGCGCCUCUGCCUCCGCAAUCGCCGCCAUCGAAGCCGCCGGCGGAAAGGUCACCACUCGCUACUACACCAAGCCCUCCAUCUCGCGCGUGCGAAGAGGCGAAACCGACCCCAUUUACAGCAUCCAGAGCGCUGAACCUACCACACCCCGUCCCGAGUUCAAGUACAGACUUCCCGACCCUGCCAGCAGAAAGGACAUCGAAUACUACAGAGAUCCUGCGCAUAGAGGUUACUUGAGCCACAUGUUGCAAGAGGGCCAGGGUCCCAGUUUGUUCUUCAAGACUCCUGGGCAGGGUCGUGUCGAUCACAAGAAGGUUACUUCCAAGGGUGCCAAAUCUGCCAUCAAGGGCGAAAACAGGGUUUGGUGA